GUGAGGCAAAUCACACCGCGAAGAGACUGGCAGACCAGGGGAGCGACGGCCUCUGCACUGGAUUUUGAUACCAUGAGACCCACCCGCCGACUCCUUCUAGUCGGGGAAGGAAACUUCUCCUUCUCUGCCUCCUUGUGCAAUGCCAGCGAUCGUGAGACUCGUAUCACUGCCACUUGCUAUGAGAGCGAAGAGAGAGUUUCCAGACAGGCACUUGCUAAAACUAACAUACAGCAUCUGAGAGGGAAAGGGGUUGAAGUUUGUUUUUGUGUGGACUGUACCAAACUGAAGGACUAUUUUUUGCCAGCAAAGAGAAAUUUUGAUUGCAUUUAUUUCAAUUUCCCUCACUGUGGGAGGAAAGCUGGGGUUACAAAGAAUAGAGAGCUUCUUACAAAAUUUUUCUGUAGCUGCACAGAUGUGCUCGCAGAGAAGGGAGAGGUCCAUGUGGCUCUUUGCAAAGGGCAGGGAGGGACGCCUGCUGAUCAGCCAACGAGAGAGUGGCACAACAGCUGGCAAGUUGUGGCUAUGGCAGCGGGAGCAGGAUUUAUCUUGAGUGAUGUUCAUCCCUUCAAUUUAGAGGAUGUUCAUGGAUAUAAGUGCACUGGCUACAGGCCAUCCGGGAACAAGGCGGGUCAGGUCUGGGCACCUGAAGGAUCCACAGCUUUCAAGUGUCUAAUCUCAGCUCGGUUCUGCGCUGCCCUCUUGAGUAACAUCUCCGAUUGUGAUGAGACGUUUAACUACUGGGAACCGAUGCACUACCUCGUCUAUGGGAAAGGGUUCCAGACAUGGGAAUACUCUCCAGUCUAUGCCAUUCGCUCCUAUGCUUAUCUGUGGCUUCAUGCCUUGCCAGCCUUAUUCCAUGCUCGAGUUCUACGGACAAAUAAGGUUCUCGUCUUUUAUUUCCUGCGAUGUCUCUUGGCCUUCUUGAGUUGCAUUUGUGAGCUUUACUUUUAUAAGGCCGUGUGUAAGAAAUUUGGGCUGCAUGUGAGCCGGCUGAUGUUGGCCUUCUUAAUUCUCAGCACUGGGAUGUUUUGCUCCACUGCAGCCUUCCUCCCCAGCAGUUUCUGUAUGUACACCACAGUGGUUGCCAUGACGGGCUGGUAUAUGGAUAAGACCUCUAUAGCCGUGCUGGGCGUGGCAGCUGGAGCCAUCGUGGGUUGGCCUUUCAGUGCAGCUCUUGGGCUACCUAUUGCCAUUGACUUGCUGAUAAUAAAGCGGAGGUGGAAGAGCUUCCUGAACUGGUGUCUGGUGGCCUUGAUCCUGUUUUUGGUUCCCCUUGUGAUUGUUGACAGCUAUUACUAUGGGAAGCUGGUAAUCACUCCUCUCAACAUUGUUUUAUACAAUGUCUUCACACCUCACGGACCUGAUCUUUACGGUACUGAGCCCUGGUCCUUCUAUUUUAUUAAUGGUUUCCUGAACUUCAACGUGGCGUUUGCCUUGGCCCUGCUUGCCCUGCCGCUGACCUCCCUCAUGGAAUGUCUGCUACAGAAAUUUCACGUCCAGAAUCUGGGUCGCCCAUAUUGGCUUACGCUAGCUCCUAUGUACAUCUGGAUCCUGAUUUUCUUCAGUCAACCCCACAAAGAGGAGAGGUUUCUGUUUCCCAUAUAUCCUCUCAUCUGUCUCUGUGGAGCUGUGGCUCUCUCUGCCCUUCAGAAAUGUUACCACUUCGCAUUCCAGCGUUACCGUUUGGAGCACUACACAGUCUCCUCCAACUGGCUGGCUCUGGGGACGGUUUUUCUCUUUGGACUCUUGUCACUCUCGCGCUCUGUGGCUUUAUUCAAAGGCUACCAUGGGCCUCUGGACCUGUAUCCAGAAUUUCAUAGGAUUGCCACUGAUCCGACUAUUCACACAGUGCCAGAGGGGAGGCCAGUUAAUGUCUGUGUGGGGAAGGAGUGGUACCGAUUUCCGAGCAGCUUUCUCCUUCCAGAUAAUUGGCAGCUCCAGUUCAUCCCAUCAGAGUUCAGGGGCCAGUUACCGAAACCGUUUGCCAAGGGACCAAUGGCCACACGGAGCAUUCCUGCAGACAUGAAUGACCAAAACAGGGAAGAGCCAUCCAGAUAUAUUGACAUUUCCAAAUGCCAUUACCUGGUGGAUUUAGAUAGAGCGAUUGAAACAUCAAGGGAGCCGAGAUACUCCGCCAACAAAGAAGAAUGGAUCAGCAUUGCCUACAAACCAUUCCUGGAUACUUCCAGGUCUUCAAAGCUGCUGCGUGCUUUCUAUGUCCCUUUCCUGUCCGAGCGGCAUACGUCGUAUGCAAACUACACCAUCCUUAAACCCCGGAAGUCAAAGCAAGCCAGGAAAAAAACAGGAGGUUAGCAACACACCUGCGGACCAAAAAGGAUCAACCAAUAUUGUCGGCCAGCUGCUUAAACCUUCCUAGGAAAAAAAAAUGCUUGUAAGAUUCACUAAUAAAGGUUUCCCACCCAGUGAUUUCACUCUGCAAGCCUCCAGCUGUAAAGAGUAUAUCAUCUGCUCUCAGUUCUGUUAGUCUCUGCUCUGCCUGUGAGCUCAUUUUCAGAACGUCUUGGUAAGAAACAGUUUGAAAAUCCAGCAGCUGCCUACGAAUAUAUUAUCCCUGUUGCUCCCUGCAUUAUUAUUUAUUAGACUAGAGAAGAGCAAAACUAAAUAACAAGAAAUGACUGUGUUAGACUGUGCGCCAGGAUACUGCCUGGCACCAGGAAAAUUCACAGCCUCUCUCAGUAUUCCUCAUCUGCUAAAUAGCUGCUUGCCUGCUCCUAGGAAACAUUAUUUGCAGAGAACAGCAUUUGAAAAAAAAACCCCAAAAAACAGCAGCACAGCAGAGACAAUGACUCUCUGAAAUGCUGAGAAUCUCAGCA